UCAAGUCGGGAAGGCGGAGCUCUAGAAAGAUGCCCGAGUUUGUGACUGGGAUUCCUGAGCUGUAUGACCAUUCACAACGAUUUUUCCCAGAUUUUCGAGUUCCCAGUUGUUUYUGAACGCGGCAGGUGUACAUACUGUAACCGCGAGUCAUUUUCUGAUUGCGUCACCAGAAAGCGUCACAUUCUCAAAAACCGUUUGGUUUAUUGUGUUUAUUUAGGGUGGAUGUGCCCCGGCUGCCAUCGACCCUCAAAAUGACCAAAUUACAGUUUCUAAAUGUAUUUUUGACCGAACGGUUGAUGUUAGCCGCCCAAGAGAUAUAUAAGCAAGUGGAAGAGACAAUAUUAGAAUACCAGGAAGAAAUAAUCCAGGGAAAGAGAGAGAAUGAUCAAUUGAGACGCAAGUUUGGGAUUCCAUGGCCAGACCGAGAGCCCUUUGCUCCUGUAGAAUCUGAGGAGGAGGGAGGCAUUGGGCAAAAGCAGGAACCAGAGCCAAGGCAGACUAUGGAGAAACAGGAGGGAAGGACCAGGAAKGAGGAAAAUCAGUUUAGAGGACCGGACUCUCAGUCUAGAUUCACUCCUUCCAAUGGAAACGAUGACUAUGAUCAGAACCCACCUCAACACACCUCACUCAGUCAGUUCCAAACUCACACCGGGGAGAGUAGAGAGGGAGGCUCUCUGUCCAGCUCAUCAACAUCCAAACCAAUCAAAACAGAGACUGAAGGACUGGGUGUUUGUCCAUUUGAUCCGUCAAGUGACCCCAAUACAUUCUCUUCGUCAGUGAACCUUGACCUUUCAGCAGCACAGAGUGAGAACAGUGACUAUGAAAACACGGAUGACUUCUGGUGCUGUGCGGUGUGGAGGGAAGGCCAGGAGGAGGUGGAGGGUGUGGUUCCCAGUACCUGGGUGGUGGGCAGGAAGGUCCUGUGGCCUCCAGCCAAUGGGAGGAAAGCUCUGAAAGAGAGACACAAGCCAGGAGCCAAUUGGACGACGUAUGACCUUGUUAAGGUCAAACUAUUCUCAGAAUCUCUGGAAGAGUGUGAAGGCUACAGUAGGUCCAGUGAUGAGCUCACUGACAACGGAGACAGUGAGCCCAACACGCAGAAGAAGAAGAGGAGGAGGAGGAAGAGGAGGACGGGUGAGGGGCACGUUACCGGCACUGAUCAGAUACCUCAAGGAGGACCCAGUGGAGAUGGAAGGAUACACACAGGAUCAUCAAACUCUCCUCCGCUGAAGAGGAGAGUGAUGACGAAAUCUGGAACCCUGGAGGAGAGUUCUGGAGCUCUAGAAGCAGAACCUCAGCUGGAUCCGUCUGAGCUCAGAGGCCUUGACGACGCACUCAACAAGGAGAGCUACCUCAUAGAGGGACCACACUCUUCUGACGCAUGGGAUGCUGUUUUUCCAACCUCUCAGUCCAGAGAGGGAACAUUCCUAAGUGGACAGGAUAUGAUGGGAAACCUGCUGAAUUCAACCCAAAGUUUUCCUCUUCCAAAUGACCAGUUCCAGGAGCAGGUCCUGGGUCUGCUGGUGGACAUCAGACAGUCAGUGUGGGAUCUAGGAGGAAGGGUGGGAGUUCUAGAACACUGGGGWGGUUCUAGGGGUUCUGGAACAGAUUUCCAUUUUGACGUGUGCAGAACCUACGAGGACAUGGCCAACCUGGAGAAAGUUCUAGAGCCUCCUGAGGUAGCUGCCCAGAUGAAACAGUUCCUGAGCAGGAUCGGUGGGAACACCUUGAGGGAAAAUGUCACCAGGGUGAUGGAGAGGCUGAUGACCAAUGAACUGAUGAGUACCUUCAACAUGAAAGGAAGGAAAGGAACCAAGAAGAGUUUUCUCACACACUCCCUUAGCAAAAUCAUUAUUGACAGCAUCAUGAUCACCCACCCGUACGCCACAGAGUCUGCUGUGAUGCACCUGAUGGCCAACGUACUGAAGUAUGCCCCAGACCGACGCGGAGGAGGAGGCAGACCCCCCAGACAGUCACCCCAGGUCCCCCAUACCCAGAGACAGCAACACAUCCAGCAACACAUCAACAUCAAACAGGAGCAAGACUAUUAAUACCUGGACACCUUCCUUCAAGCCUGCUUACCAGUCUGUUUGUACUAUUAUUCUCCUUGCCACUCAUUGUCAUGCCAAGGAGUGGGAUGAUAUUACAGACUGGUACCCAGGCUACCUUCCUACUCUACCUGGGUCGUAUUCACUAGUAGGCACCAAACCCGUGUUCAUUUCGUCAACAAAAAUAGUGACUAAAAUAUUCGGCAAACACCUAUUUUUCAGUGGCAAUUGACAAGACUAUAACUGAAUAAAUAGACCCAGAAAAGAAGAACUAAACUAAAAUGAUUUUUCAUUCCAGUUGACUAAAACUGGACGAGAAUAAAUGAUCUGACUAAAAUCAGAUAAGUGGACUGGACAAUAGUUUUUGGAGAGAUUGAGAGCUUUUCAGUGAUAAGCACAAUUAAUAUUAGCAGUGGGAAGGACUUGCCACACCUGGCACACACAGCCUACACAUCACCUGGUGAGCUGGGGGGGGAGCAAGCAAUGAGUGUGGACAGACCAGCUCCACUCUGCCUUUGAUUAUACACAUCGCUCAGGCGACUCUCUUGCUUCCUCGUAGCUAACCAGUCACCACCAGCCUUCUGGUUAGCUACCCUUUGCCUGGUUAAGAAACACAAGCUGCUUUAUGAAAUGAAAAACAAUAGCAGCAUUGAGUUUAAUAGUAAAACAACAGUCUAGCUCCCUUGAGUUUAGAAAAGUAGGCUGUCUUUGAUAUUUGUAGUCUCGCUCAACCCUCCCACUUUCCCCACUGCAUUUCAUAGCCAGGUUCUGUAGUCGACGUAGCCAAGACUCCCUCUUUUCCUCAGAGAAAAUGUCUUGAGAGAUUACCGUUCAAAAGAUAUGACUCAUAAUACUAGGACCAGGACUCGAGCACUGGGUCUUGGGARUUCAGCCAUAGGGACUCGUGACUCGGACUUGAGGACUUGGGACUCGAUUGGGAUUUGAGGUUUAAUGACUUGACUACAUCACUGGGCGAAAUGGUCAUUAACCCCCCUUCUACUUCCUGACAUCAGUGUGGCGUCUGGGGAACGGUGAGAACAAUGAUGUGACGGAGUUGCAACCCAUAUUACAUUUUACUGUGUCAAUACGUGAUAGUGCCUCGCUCGCUCACUUUCUCUCCUCCCACCAUCCCUCCCUGCGCUUCUGUGUCUGUUUGUUUUUUAUGUAAUGUGUAAUAUCUAUGUAGGCUGAAUUAGGAAUUUACAUGGCCAGUUAAUUCUUAAAUAUGUUUAUCAUAUUUCUGCUGUUGGGAAGACAAUAGGAUGUUUUGCAGAAAAAUGUUUGUAGGACAAGGCUAUGUAUGUUUGUGCACAUGGAAGUCUGUGAUUUAUGUUUACUAUAGGUUAAUGAGGCAAUACAAAUGUGAUGUGACUAAAGGGCAUUUAGUUGACAAAAAAAACUAUACAAAAUCAUUAUUCAAAUAACAAAARUGUGAGUGAGACUUAAUUAUAAUUUAGUCAAACUGACUAAGAUUAGACUAAAUCUAAAAAAUAGUGCCAAAAUGAAUACUGUACCAAACGGACUGAAACAGGUACUGCCUGGUCCCAGAUCAGUUUGUGUUCUUGCCAAGUCGAUUGCUAUCAUUGUCAAGCCGAACAUGAUAAUUCCAUAAGAACAUUGCAAGAGAGCAGACAGACUGGCAUGGCAUCCAGGCUAACACCAACUUUACUGUAGGCCUGAUGUACCCUCAGCCACCUUCCGCUUUUACGUUUCACAUUUAUUAUACAUGCACUGUAUAUAUCAUCAUUAGUUGCCUUUUUGAAUCUAACAAUUUAAUAUUAAAUAUUGAAUUUAGGAUUAAGUUAUCCGUUUUUUAAGUUAUGAUGAAAAUGAAUUUUUGGAAUGAAUGAUGGGAAGUAGUAUUUUAUAAUGUACAAAGCCUUGACUUCUGGUUCUAAAUAAAAUGCAUGCCUUGAGUUACA